AUGCCGCCGCUCCAAUGCGCAGCUACAAGACUGGACGCCUUGCUCCAAACUGCGGUGGUUUGGGGAUACGGGGUUGGCUUCAAUCACUCCCGACAGCCUGUGGCUCGAAGGUUGACUGUGGACCAGGUAGAUAUGUGGAUGAACAACGCUUGUGUGUCUUUGCCUCCAUCCAAGUUCUGGCCUGGUCAGAUGGCUUGCGACUUCGAGGAGCCCAUGAAGGUAGACUUGAACUCGGUGCAGGGAAGCGGAAGAGGCUCUUCUGGCGCUUGGAUCGAUGAGUAUGGCCUCCACCCCAGCAGCUGCCUGUGGCAGGGAGUUACCAAGAUGAUGAUCCGGAACAUUCCAGCGAGAUGCCAGGAGCAGGAGCUGUCAGACGUGAUUAGGAUGGUCACCACCAACUUUGAUCUGCAGAUGCCGAAGGGCGCCGGUCGCAAGUGCAAGGGCUAUGCCUUCGUUCAGGCUGACAGUGUUACCAUGCAGCACCUGGUCAAGGCCUUGUGGAUGACAACGAUUCCCGCAAGGCAGAGCACGAGGCCAUUGAAGAUUCAUCCGACCAGCUUGGGGAUGGAGUGA